CGCGCACGCGCAGCUCCGCUUCCGGGCGCCGCUCCUCACUGCCCACAAUGCUCUGCGGCCGCGACCUGUCGCAAAGGCCGCAUUUCGGCGGCGAGUGAGCAACUGGCUCUCCCGUGGUGCGGCGGCGACGGCGGCCCGCGCCUUACUGCACCUCCUGCCAGGGGCCAGCUUCCCCUGACGGUGUCCAGCUGCGCCUAAGCCUGGCCGGUGCCACCUGUCUCCGCAAUGCCCCCCAAGAAACAGGCUCAGGCCGGGGGCAGCAAAAAGGCGGAGCAGAAAAAGAAGGAGAAGAUUAUCGAAGACAAAACUUUUGGUCUCAAGAAUAAGAAAGGAGCAAAGCAACAGAAGUUUAUCAAGGCUGUUACUCAUCAAGUUAAAUUUGGUCAACAAAAUCCACGUCAGGUAGCACAAAGUGAAGCUGAAAAGAAAUUGAAGAAAGAUGAUAAGAAGAAAGAAUUACAAGAGCUAAACGAACUAUUCAAACCUGUAGUUGCUGCCCAAAAAAUAAGUAAAGGUGCAGAUCCCAAAUCUGUUGUGUGUGCAUUCUUCAAGCAAGGACAGUGUACUAAAGGAGAUAAGUGUAAGUUCUCUCAUGACUUGACGCUGGAGAGAAAGUGUGAAAAGCGAAGUGUUUACAUUGAUGCAAGAGAUGAAGAACUUGAAAAAGAUACUAUGGAUAAUUGGGAUGAGAAAAAACUGGAAGAAGUAGUGAACAAGAAGCACGGUGAGGCGGAAAAGAAAAAACCAAAAACUCAAAUAGUGUGCAAGCAUUUUCUUGAAGCUAUUGAAAACAAUAAAUAUGGCUGGUUUUGGGUAUGCCCUGGAGGGGGUGAUAAUUGCAUGUAUCGGCAUGCACUUCCUCCUGGAUUUGUGUUGAAAAAAGAUAAAAAGAAAGAGGAGAAAGAAGAUGAAAUUUCAUUAGAAGAUCUAAUUGAAAGAGAGCGUUCUGCCCUAGGGCCAAAUGUAACCAAAAUCACCCUAGAAUCUUUUCUUGCAUGGAAAAAAAGGAAAAGACAAGAAAAGAUUGAUAAACUUGAGCAAGAUAUGGAAAGAAGGAAAGCAGACUUCAAAGCAGGGAAAGCACUAGUGAUCAGUGGUCGUGAGGUGUUUGAAUUUCGUCCUGAACUGGUUGAUGAUGAUGAUGAGGAAGCAGAUGAUACCCGUUACACCCAGGGAACAGGUGGUGAUGAGGUUGAUGAUUCAGUGAGCAUAAAUGAUAUAGAUUUAAGCCUGUACAUCCCAAGAGCUGUAGAUGAGACAGGUAUUACUGUAGCCAGUCUUGAAAGAUUCAGCACAUAUACUUCAGAAAAAGAUGAAAACAAAUUAAGUGAAGCUUCUGGAGGUAGGGCUGAAAAUGGUGAAAGAAGUGAUAUGGAAGAGGACAACGAAGGGGAGGGACAGGAAAAUGGAAUCAUUGAUGCUGUUCCUGUUGAUGAAAAUCUUUUCACUGGGGAAGAUUUGGAUGAACUAGAAGAAGAAUUAAACACACUUGACUUAGAAGAAUGACACCAAACAAGUCAAUGAAAAAAUUAAGUCAGCUCAGCAUGAGUUGAAAUUGACUACAUUAAUUUCUUUCCACCUAGAAUUCUUCAAACAGGAUGUUUAUUUCCCAUGCUGAUUCUGGAGGGCUUGCUCUCCUCCAAAAAAGGAAUAUUCUUCCUACGUCUUGUCUUCUGACUUUGGCUGCAUCUCAUAGUAAGUUCAGAGUAGUUCAUGAUAAAUUCAAAAUAUAAUGGUCAUUACAGAAAAUAAUUGAUGUAACUGUUCACUCAAGUAGGAAGUGUAACUGCUUUUCCAGCUUUUGAUUUUCAUUGGGCAUGUGUUAUUAUAAGGACAACAUAAAUUUAAAAUUAAAUACCCUCCAUUUAAUGCAGUUUUAAUGAGUGAUUUCAUUUCGUUUGCAUUUAUAUGUUUAAACGGAUGCCUAAAAUAGAGCACUGUACUUCAGGAAGGAAACUGCGUACACAGAUUCAGUAUUGUAUAUCUUGAUAAUUAGAUGGACAUUUAAAAUGAAGCUCAUUUAAAAUGAAAUCUGACAGGAUCAGCUGCAAUGCCCUGUGUUAAAUUGUUUAAACUUUUCACUCUUCUUUUUUGCCAAUAAAGUUGUAAAUAAAGACCAUCAUACGUUAAAAUCCAAA